CCUUACAUCGGGAUAUACGGAGCAACAUCCUUCACAGCUAGCGAAUGUCUUACAUACCUAUGUUCUCAUUCUGAGAAAGAUAAAUUUCAACUGAGUCUGGCAGGAAGAACUCAAUCAAAGUUGGAUAAAGUGGUAUCAGAUUUGAAUGAGAAGAUAGAGACUGUCGUGUUGCUUUUGACCGAUGAACAAGGUGUGAAGGAAUGGGUUAAGAAAUGUCAGGUUGUGAUCAAUUUUGCUGGUCCGUACGCUUUAUACAAUGCUGAAGCUUUGAUCAAAGCUUGUGCAGAACACGGUACACAUUAUGUUGAUGUCUGCGGCGAAGCCUACUUCGUUGCUAAGAUGAUUGAGAGGUAUCAUGAUACCGCUAAGAAAACAAAAACAUGUAUUGUACCAGCUUGUGGAUUUGAUGCUGUUCCGAGUGAUCUCAUCGUCUAUCUCGCUCGACAAACUCUUCAGAACUCUCACCCUUCAGCCCGUCUGACCAAAUCAACGACUUUCUUCUCCGUACGUGGUACAGUAUCAGGAGGAACAAUAGCCACACUUCGAUCAACUCUUUCACUUCCUCCUUCUCAACGCGGAGGUUCACAAUGGUCUUUAAUACCUCUCACCCCUCCCACUAGUAAAACAAAAUGGCCAACAUUCGCAGCGACUGAAUACGUACCAGGUACUAAAGAAAAACUAUAUGGUGCAAUUUUCCCUUUCGCACCGUUCGAUAAAGCCAUAGUGAGAAGAAGUUGGUAUUUCACACUUUUGAAUGAUGAGAAAGAUCCAGAGUUUAGGUAUGAAGAAUAUGUGAAGAUUGGAUCGGUCUGGUUAGCUUGGAUUGUUUCUUUAGGUGUUUAUGUGUUUUUUGGGUUAUAUUUCUUUGUUCCUUUAUUCAGAAAACUUGUCGAUAGGUUCUUACCCCAACCUGGCCAAGGUGCCACUCUUGAGAAAAGAAGAAAGGGUUGGGCUAGAUUGAUAAACGUUUCUCACACUACGACCAACGUGAAAGUGAUCACUAAGUUGUUUGCGAAAGGUGAUCCGGGAUACAUCGCUACUUGUUACAUGUGUGCAGAAUCAGCUUUAUCAUUAGUACUCCCUCCUCCAUCCGGAACCUCUCUUCCUGAUAUCGCUCAUCAAGGAGGUGUCUUGACUCCCAUGACUGCUUUAGGGGAUGUUUUAAAGGAACGAUUGAAACGGAAUGGGGUCGUGGAAGUGGAAAGUGAGUUGGUG